CACACACACACACACACACACACACACACACACACACGCACACAUGCACGCACGCACACACACGCGCACACACACUCCGGAGCUGAUAGCUAUUUCCUCCCUCAGCCCCACUCCCCUGCCUCUGCCUGCUGGUGACUCGGUGACUCGGUGACUCGUCUGGCUGCCACCAGAAGCUGUCUCUGGGGCUGGAAUCCUGUGCUCCUUCUGUGCCCAGGUAAGGAAGCAAUAAUAGCCCAGGGGCUCGGCAGCCUUAGUGCCCUCUCUGGAUCCAUGAAGGCACAGUUUUAACAGUCAGGAUGGCAGAGGGCUGGAUUUCCCGAAGACUGGAGGGGACACACUGCUCAGAGAAGCAGAGGGCACAGGGGUAAGCACCAAAGCCUCUCUUUCCAGACUCACAGCAGUCUGGGUGGGAGGAUGACAGGGGCAGUCUUAGGGUAACUGACUCUAAAAGCUUGCAUUCCCUGCCCCUAACCCCCGCCCAAAGCAGGACCCUGGCUGCUGGGCUCCAUAAGACUCCCGGGAGGCUGGGGGCCGACUCCAUGCAGCCAGAAAGACUGAUCCCGAUGGGUCCCCAGGGUGUAGCAGGACUGUGCUCUCUGAGCAUCCCCAUGAGACCUGGCAAGAGGCUGCUGCGCUGAAGGGAAUGUUCCAGUGCAGAGAGGGGAUGGCAUUCAUCUGUCUGCAGGGUGGAGUCCCAGCUGUACCACUGCAGCUGAGGAAUGGUGGGCAAGUUGCUAUGCUUCUCUGGACCUCAGUUUUCUCUUCCGAAAAAUGGGGUCUCACAGGGUCACCGCGAGUGUAAUUGUUCUGCAAACUGUAAAGCUUGAGAAGCCUAAGCAUUCUUGGGGAGCACGGGCCCAACUGCUCCCCCCGCCCCGACCUGCCUGCGAUCCUGGGGCUCAUCUGCUUGGAAGGGUCUAGUCUGAUCUCUUGGGGCCUCGCCUUCCAGAGGCCCAUGCUACCUGGAGAAGACUGUGGGUUUUCUCAUCCCGGCCAACAGUGUUACCCCUGGAAAUAGCUGGCCAUGUCUGCCAACGUCACGCUGAAGCCGCUCUGCCCCAUCCUGGAGCAGAUGAGCCGCAUCCAAAGCCACAGCAACUCCAGCAUCCGCUACAUGGACCACGUGUCAGUGCUGCUGCACGGGCUGGCCUCGCUGCUGGGCCUGGCGGAGAACGGACUCAUCCUCUUCGUGGUGGGCUGCCGCAUGCGCCAGACCGUGGUCACCACCUGGGUGCUGCACCUGGCGCUGUCCGACCUGCUGGCCACCGCCUCCCUGCCCUUCUUCACUUACUUCCUGGCCGUGGGCCACUCGUGGGAGCUGGGCACCACCUUCUGCAAGCUGUACUCCUCCGUCUUCUUCCUCAACAUGUUCGCCAGCGGCUUCCUGCUCAGCGCCAUCAGCCUGGACCGCUGCCUGCAGGUGGUGCGGCCCGUGUGGGCGCAGAACCACCGCACGGUGGCCGCGGCCCACAGGGUCUGCCUGGUGCUCUGGGCCCUGGCCGUCCUCAACACGGUGCCCUACUUCGUGUUCCGGGACACCAUCCCGCGGCUGGACGGCCGCAUCAUGUGCUACUACAACGUGCUGCUCCUGAACCCGGGGCCCGACCGCGACGCCACGUGCAACUCGCGCCAGGCGGCCCUGGCCGUCAGCAAGUUCCUGCUGGCCUUCGUCGUGCCGCUGGCCAUCAUCGCCUCCAGCCACGCGGUCGUGAGCGUGCAGCUGCGCCACCGCGGCCGCCGGCGGCCCAGCCGCUUCGUGCGCCUGGUGGCGGCCGUGGUGGCGGCCUUCGCGCUCUGCUGGGGGCCCUACCACGUGUUCAGCCUGCUGGAGGCGCGCGCGCACGCCGACGCGACGCUGCGGCCGCUCGUGUGGCGCGGCCUGCCCUUCGUCACCAGCCUGGCCUUCAUCAACAGCGUGGUCAACCCGCUGCUCUACGUGCUCACGUGCCCCGACGUGCUGCGCAAGCUGCGGCGCUCGCUGCGGAGCGUGCUGGAGAGCGUGCUGCUGGACGACAGCGAGCUGGGCGGCUUGGGGAGCAGCCGCCGCCGCCGCGUCUCCGGCCCCCGCCCCGCCCCCCGCCCCGCCCCCGGCCGCCCGGCCGCCGGGCCCCCGCGCCUGCUCGCCUGGCUGUGCUGCGGCCGCCUGGCGUCCGCGCAGAGGGCCCGGGCCCGGUCCCAGGACGAGAGCGGCCCCCUGAACCGGGCGCUGAGCACCACCUCGGGGUAAGAGGGCGGACGGGGCUCGCCGGCCCGGGAGGCAAAGGAGGGCGGCGGUGCCGAGCGAGAGCGUCCCGAGGGCGACGUCAGGCAGCGACCCAGGGAUCUGCAUUUUGCAGCGCCCGGCCUCCUCGGCCUCCUCGGUCUUUCUCAGAAUCCUAGGCAGGCGGCAGGCGGGGCGGGACGCCCAGAUUCUGCAUUUCUAGCAAGCUCCCUGGAGACGAAGUCGGCGCAGGGGCAACACAGUGAAAACCACAAGAUUUCUCCGACUGGGCAGUGGACUCCCGAGGCACGCAGGACACACUCCCCCGGAAGCUCAACUUUGUCAGAUGGUGGGAGGGGGAGGGAGGGGAGUGUUUUCACAUGAAACCAGUGAUGGGUUUUGGGGUAGAAGACAGAGGGGAAAGGUUUGGGAAGCACUGGCCUGGUCUAACCUCUUCAUUUAGUCCCUCAGCCACCGUGUACUGAGCUAGACGCUUUAUCUCACAAUCUGGACGGUAGGUUCCAUGAUCAGACUGAGGCACGUGGAGGUUCAUCCACGUGCCCCAAGUGCAGGGUCUGCACGCUGACCAUGAACCAUCACACGUUCCACUGCCCCAGGUAGAAAAGCAAG